ACGCUUUUAAAGCAGCUGAACAUGUGUUUACACUGAGGUUAGACAGCCUUCCACCUUUAAUGUCUUUAAUAUAAACUCUUAAACAGUCUUUUGCGUUUCCUCCCUGCAGAAUGUCUUCGGCCGAUAAUCUUGAGGGACAAUCUGCACUGAAGGAGGAACUGAACAGGAAGAUUAAGGAGCAGAAGGUUGUAGUGGACGAGCUCUCCAAUCUGAAGAAAAACAGGAAAGUCUACAUCCAGCAGAGGAACAGUAACAUCUUCUUCCUAGCAGACAGAAGUCAGACUCUGGGUUCAUGCAAAAAGGAACUGGAUAACAUGAAAAAGGACCUGCAGGAUAUGUAAGACCGAGCUUCAUCCCAACAAUGUGUGGCAUCUUUUGUCUGUUGAGUCUGCCGUCCUCUCAGUUUGAGUGGGACAAAACAGUUCGUGAACAUUUGAAGAGACGAGGGCC